GUCUUUGAGUGCGGGCGCCCGCGUGUAUUAAUACGAGAUUUAUCUGAAGCAUUAACGCUUAAAUGUUAUUGAGUACAGUGAUCUAGGAUCCAAAAUGCCUGCCGAUUCAACACAGUUAGUAGCGGCCGAGGAACGUGACCGGGAGAUAUUAUUCGAAAGUUUAACCCAGAGAUCUAAACAUGAAGAUUUCAUUCGGAGAGCUGUUGAUCUUUUGGUUGAAAGAGUGGUUUUCGGAAGGGCUUCAAGAGAUGCGAAAGUUGUCGAAUGGGCUACGCCGGAUGAAAUAAAGAAUAUUAUUGAUUUAAAACCGAGGCAGACACCCGUUUCACAUGAACAAUUAUUAUGUUAUAUGGCCGAUAUUGCUCGCUAUUCAGUAAAUACGGCACAUCCAUACUUCGUAAAUCAGUUGUUUUCAUCCGUGGACCCUUACGGGCUGAUCGGUCAGUGGUUGACAGAUGCUUUGAAUCCCAGCGUUUAUACAUUCGAAGUGGCACCUGUCUUCACUCUAAUGGAAGAGGAAAUCUUGUGCGAGAUGAGAAGGAUCAUUGGGUGGUCGGACGGUGAAGGUGAUGGGAUAUUCUGUCCUGGAGGGUCUAUCGCUAACGGAUAUGCAAUCAGCUGUGCAAGAUAUCAUCAAUAUCCUGAAGUCAAGAGCAAAGGUGUUUACGUGAUUCCACAGCUGAUCAUCUUCACAUCCGAACUAGCCCAUUACUCAACACGAAAAUUGGCCUCAUUUAUGGGUAUCGGCAGUGACAACUGUGUCGAUGUCAAAACUGACACAUUGGGUAAAAUUGACGUAACAGAUCUGGAGAAGAAGAUCAAUGAAGCUUAUGAGAAGGGAGCGACUCCAUUUAUGGUGACUGCUACCUCUGGAACUACGGUAUUUGGCGCGUUUGAUCCUUUGGUCGCCAUUUCUAGUUUAUGCAAGAAGUAUGGGUUAUGGCUGCAUGUAGAUGCAGCUUGGGGAGGCGGAGCGCUGAUGUCGAGGAAACAUAAGCAUCUGCUGAACGGUAUAGAAUUGGCCGACUCAGUUACGUGGAACCCUCACAAAUUGCUUGCAGCUCCACAGCAAUGCUCAACAUUCCUAACAAAGCAUAAAAACGUAUUAUCUGAAGGACAUUCAUCAAACGCCAAAUACCUAUUCCAAAAGGAUAAAUUCUACGAUACUUCUUACGACACUGGUGAUAAACAUAUACAGUGCGGAAGGCGCGCGGAUGUUCUCAAAUUUUGGUUCAUGUGGAAGGCAAAAGGAAGCGCCGGUUUUGAGAAGCAUAUUGACAAAUUGUUUGACAAUGCAAACUACUUUCGUGAUCAUAUAAAUCAACGGGAAGGUUUCCGUCUUGUUCUAGAGAAGCCUGAAUGCACAAAUGUAAUGUUCUGGUAUAUACCAAGGUGUCUGCGGGGCUGUGAGAACGAACCAGAUUAUAAUGAAAGGCUGCACAAGGUUGCCCCGAAAAUCAAGGAGCGAAUGAUAAAGGAAGGUUGUAUGAUGGUCACCUAUCAACCGCAAGGUAAUUUGGUGAAUUUCUUCCGAAUCGUCUUUCAAAACUCAGCUUUAUCCCACAGGGAUAUGGUCUAUUUCGCCGACAAAUUUGAAAGACUCGGCUCGGAUAUAAUCGUUUAAACUAUAUUGAAAAUAACCUUGUACAAACAUCGCAUGUUGGAUAAUUUAUAGUAAUAUAGCCUGUGAUAUUUAUAUAUUAGAUAUACUUGUCGUAAGAUUGUAAAAUAAAUAGAAUAUUGGCGACUAUUUGAGAUUUUAAGAACUUAUACCAAAUAUAAAUUA